AUGCUGUUGCUGCGAGCUGUUCUACUGCUACUAGCCCUGCCCAAUAGUGGCCAGGAUAUCACGAACAAAGAGCCUGGGGUCCUGCUUUCCCCACCCAAGGAGGGCUGUGCAGGUUGGAUGGCAGGCAUCCCAGGGCAUCCUGGCCACAACGGGACUCCAGGCCGUGAUGGCAGAGAUGGCACCCCUGGAGAGAAAGGCGAGAAAGGAGACCCAGGUCUUAUUGGUCCUAAGGGUGACACUGGUGAGACCGGAGUGACUGGGGUUGAAGGUCCCCGAGGCUUUCCAGGAAUCCCAGGCAGAAAAGGAGAACCUGGAGAAAGUGCCUAUGUAUACCGCUCAGCAUUCAGCGUGGGAUUGGAAACCAGGGUCACGGUCCCCAAUGUUCCCAUUCGCUUUACCAAGAUCUUCUACAAUGAGCAAAGCCACUAUGAUAGCUCCACUGGAAAAUUCUCCUGCAACAUCCCUGGGCUGUAUUACUUCUCAUACCACAUCACAGUCUAUAUGAAGGAUGUGAAGGUCAGCCUCUUCAAGAAGGACAAGGCUGUGCUCUUCACCCAUGACCAGUACCAGGAGAAGAACGUGGAUCAGGCCUCUGGCUCCGUGCUCCUGCAUCUGGAGAUGGGCGACCAAGUCUGGCUCCAGGUGUAUGGGGAUGGAGAGAAAAAUGGGCUCUAUGCAGAUAAUGUCAACGACUGCACCUUCACAGGCUUCCUUCUCUACCAUGACAUCCAGUGA